GUCGUCCAGAACCGACAGUAUCAUGGUUUAUCGACGGUCGUCUCCAUGACGAAGCUCGAGCGUCACCAUCAAUGCACCACGUAACCAUAAAUCGGCUUCAAGUUCCGCUCCUGAGACGUCAAGACCUCAAUUCUACGUUUCGAUGUCAGGCGGCAAACACGAAACUGAUACUUCCGACCGAGCGGUCUGUGAGACUCGAGAUGAAUCUGCGACCUAUGAGCGUCAAACUGCUCGGAACGCCCGGGCAAUUCAUCGCCGGCGAGAAGUACAGUGUGGCUUGCGAAGUGCUCGGUUCGCGACCUCAGGCACAAGUCACAUGGACCCGUGGCGAACGAAAGUUCCGCAAAGGCAAACCCGGACUCGAAAAG